AUGUCGGAUCCACUGAGUUUAUCAGCCUCAAUCGCGGGUCUCAUCACUCUCUCCACUGCCGUAUACACAACACUCAGCAACUUUGCCGACAGGGUUGAAAGGGCUCCAAAAUCGACGCAAGAGAUUCUCCACGCCGUAGCCGAGAUGCGCCUGGCGCUCACGUCCGUGUCGGGACUCAUUGACACCUUUCAACGGAUUCCUCCCAGACGCAAAGCCAUGGUGCAGUUGGAUCACCUAGUAAUCUGCGUGAGCCAGGCCGUCAUGACCUUCACAGACUUGGAGAUGUUCCUAAGCAACUGGCCUGAAAUAUCUAUGAUGCAAAGCUCUGCCUGGAAACGGAUUCGAUGGGCCCUCCAAGAAGACAAGGCUACUCGAUUAGUGAAGAGACUUUCUGAGAAUAAGGCAUCCCUUGUCCUAAUCCUCAAUAUUCUUCAGAGUGAAUCAGAUUUUGAGGCCCAGAUGUCGCAUCAAGCGUUGAAGGGGCAAAUGGAGAGGCUGAUGGACGAGAAUCGAGAGAUAAGAUUCCUCAUGAAUCAGAUUGGAGACGAUAUUCAGACGAUGGCAGGAUCCGUGAAGUUUCAUGACGAUAUGUCAUCGAUUCGAUCACCGACAUCACCAACGACACCUCGAGCCAUUCGCACAGCCCUUCGUCCUCCCAUCAUGCAUCCUUUGAGCACAAGAAAGAGCAGAGAACCCGAACAUCCUUCCAGCGACCCGGGUUCAGACUCCCCGAAUUCAGGAACUGGGCAAUACUCGGCUACUUCAAUGUCUGAAGCUUCCACUCCAACCUCACUCCCCUCUCUCACUUCAAGUCCUCCUCCACGACGGUCGUUUUCAAUCAUCUUAGACUCCACCUGGGUAUACGGAAGAGUCCGAGCAAAUACCAUGGAUCUCUCCAUGACGAGUUCUAGACUCCAGAGCAGAGCUUGGUCAAUGUUCUCAGGCUUAAGUUUGAAUGAUGUCUCUGUCAUCUCGUUCAUUCGAUUACCACUAAAGCUAUCAGAUAUUCCAAACGACGCCUGGUAUCGGGUAAUACCCAGAACGCCGUUGGCUUACCCCGCAUCUUUGGAAUGCCGAGACAAAAUCAUAAUUGCAGUUGUGGGAGAACCUGUCUCCGGAAAGUCGGCGCUAGUUGAUAGGAUCUGUGGCAAUGGUUAUUCCCCGUCACCAAACGCAACGAUUGAGGAUCGCCAUAUCAUCAAACUCUUCGUUGACGAUCGUCAGUACCAAGUAGAGAUUGUGGACACGGCAGGCAUAGACUGUUAUGAGUACCUAGUUGAUGAAGCUAUCCUAGAAGCCCACGGAUUCAUCAUUACUUGUCCCGCACAGGGUGCUGAUCUGAGAGCAAUCCAGAAGUUUCACAAGAAGAUUUCCAACAAAAGGGAGGUCCCCGGUCAAGGGAAGAAAUCCCCAAUCGCAAUUGCAAUCACGAAAAAAGAUCGCCUUUUCGAUCCACUUGACCGCUCCAUCGAGGACGCUCGAGCUUGGGCAAAAAGAGAAGGGUGCGAAUUUCAUCUUACUUCGGCUAUAGAUGGUGAUUGUAUUCAGGACCCGUUCAUGAGCGUUCUUCGGGCUCUUGUCAAAAGCGACCUUCUUGUCAAAAACCCUCCUGUCGCACAUUUAAUGGGGUGGAUCUAG